CGCUGCUCCGCGCCGUCGAGUGAUGCGCCCUUUUAUACAAGUUUUAACGCAUCCGAGGAGGACUGGAUACCGUCUCCGGCGCUAUUAGAAAAAUGAACAUUAGGAAGGAUUUGUUAGCAGAAAUGAUUUGUUCUUGCUGCUAGCAUAGCCAGUAAUGGAGAUGCUUUUUCUUUAAUGUUCGAAGAGUCGUAAUCUGUGCUCGCAAAAGCAUUGGGGAACUUUUAGCCAAAACAAUGGAAACGAUACGAGACGAAGACAGACGUAGGCGCCUUAGAGCACUGGAGGAGCGUAUCAAAGAUCCUCGUAGUAUUACGAACGUCGACUGUUUGUUGGAUACAGUCCAAGCUUUAGCAGCAGACUGUGAUCAUCCUAGCGUGAAACGUAUGAAAAAUAUUGAGGCGUAUAUGAAUAGAUAUGACUCCGUAGCUCAGGACAUUUGUAAAAUGCGAAUGCGCACCGACGACUUCACUCAGAUUAAGGUGAUUGGUCGGGGUGCAUUUGGAGAAGUACAGCUGGUGAGACAUAAGUCUACUCAGAAGGUCUAUGCCAUGAAGUUACUUAGCAAGUUUGAAAUGAUAAAACGAUCAGAUUCAGCGUUUUUUUGGGAAGAACGCGACAUAAUGGCCCACGCCAAUUCUCAGUGGAUAGUUCAAUUACACUUCGCGUUUCAAGACCAAAAGUAUCUGUACAUGGUUAUGGACUACAUGCCUGGAGGAGAUUUAGUGAAUCUGAUGUCCAACUAUGAUGUACCGGAAAAGUGGGCAAAGUUCUACUGCGCCGAAGUGGUGCUCGCGCUGGACGCUAUUCACCUGAUGGGAUUUGUACACAGAGACGUGAAGCCAGAUAAUAUGUUAUUGGAUAAAUAUGGCCAUUUGAAGCUGGCAGACUUUGGUACCUGCAUGAGGAUGGACAGUGACGGUUUGGUCAGAUCGGACACAGCAGUGGGGACUCCGGAUUAUAUAUCUCCGGAGGUGCUUCAAUCGCAAGGCGGAGAAGGCGUUUACGGUCGUGAGUGUGAUUGGUGGUCGGUCGGGGUGUUCCUCUAUGAGAUGCUGGUCGGCGAUACUCCGUUCUACGCAGAUUCCCUUGUGGGAACCUACUCCAAGAUCAUGGAUCACCGAAAUUCGUUACACUUUCCCCAAGAGGUGGACAUCUCUCAUUCUGCCCAAAGCCUGAUCUGCGGCUUUCUCACCGAUCGGGCAAUGCGUCUAGGGAGAAACGGCGUCGAGGAAAUAAAAACCCAUCAGUUCUUCAAGAACGAUCAGUGGACUUUCGAGAACCUGCGGGAGUGCGUGCCUCCGGUGGUACCCGAGCUCUCCGGCGACGACGACACCAGCAACUUUGACGACGUGGACAAAGAAGAUGGUCCCGAGGAGAGUUUUCCCGUGCCUAAGGCAUUCUCUGGAAAUCAUUUACCGUUUAUAGGGUUCACGUAUUCCGGAGAUUACCAGCUGAUGUCCUCCGAGGGCAGGGAGUCCGUUGACGGCCUGGAGAAUCACAUCAACAACGGAACCAGCGACGACGUCAAGGUCGCCCAGCUGGAAGGUCUCCUAGACAUGGAGAGGAAGCAGGUGGAGAUCCUGGAGUCUCGUCAGCGAUCGUUGGCCACUCAGCUGGACGGCCUGACUCGCAGAGAGACCGAAUUACGCGAGGAAGCCGGCAGGGCCGACAAGGAGCUGGCCAUCUUGAGGCACAGCUACAAAGAAGCUCAGCGGAGGGUCGACCACGAGACGGAGACUCGGAGGAAGGCCGAAUCGCUGCUGGUCGAGCUCAAGAAGAAGUUCGACGAGGAGCAGACCAGGCGAGCAAGGGAUGCCAGUAACUCUCAACAAACGUCGGAAAGAGUCAUCAGCUUGGAGAAGCAGAUUAAGGAGAUGCAGACCAAGUUGGAGAGGGAGACCGAGACCGUGACGAGACUCAGGAAGCAGGCGACGGAGAUCACCGUGGCUCGGCAGGCCGCGGAACAGAUGGCCGAGGAGCUUCAAGUUGCCAGAACUCAGCUCCAAGCUCAGAGGGAUUCCUUGCAGCAGGAGGUAGCGAGUUUGCAGGGACAACUCUCCAAGGAACGCAGCUCCAGGUCGCAAGCGUCCUCUCUCACGGCCGAACUGGAAACGCGAUUAUCCGCUUUGCACGUGGAGCUUGAGAGAAGUCAGGAGCGCGAAGAAAAGGCUACCUUGGAUAACAGACAGCUGAACGAAAGAGUUUCGGCCUUGGAGAAGGAAGCCGCGAGCUUGACCGUCGAGCUGAAAGCUGCCCAGGCCAGAUACAACCAGGAGGUCGUGGCUCAUCAAGAAACCGAGAGGUCGAGGAUGUUGUCGAAGGAGGAGGCCAACCUGGAAGUCGUCAAAGCACUGCAAGCCAAACUGAACGAGGAGAAGAGCGGUAGGCAGCGGGCCGAGCUACUCGCCCAGGAAAAGGAGCGACAGACUUCGAUGCUCUCCGUCGACUACCGGCAGAUCCAGCAGCGCCUGCAGAAGCUGGAGGGCGAGCACCGCCAGGAGGUCGAGAAGGUCAAGGCUCUUCAAGGUCAGGUCGAGCAGGAACAACAGAAGAGGAACGUCCUUCAGGUCGAACUGGCUCAGCAGUCUUCGGAGGCCGGCAGGCUCAGGGCCCGGGAGCAGCAGCUGGUCGGCGAGGUGGCCCAGUUGAGGGAGGCGAAGAGGCAGAUCGAGGAGGAGCUGCAUCAUCUGAAAACCCAGAGGAACGUCGAUCUCCUACAGACGAAGGAACUGCAGGAACAGCUGGAGGCCGAGGCUUACUUUUCGACCUUGUACAAGACGCAAACUCAAGAGCUCCGAGAAGAACUCGACGAGAAAACGAGACUUCAGCAGGAAUUGGAGGAAGAGCGCAGCUCAUUGGUUCACCAGCUUCAGCUGUCGUUGGCCAGAGGAGACAGCGAAGCUUUGGCGAGGUCGAUAGCGGAGGAGACGGUGGCGGAUCUGGAGAAGGAGAGGACAAUGAAGGAGCUGGAGUACAAGGACAGCGUGGCCAAACACCACCAGGAAGUGAGCUCGAAGGAUCAGUCCAUCAACAGACUAAAGGACAGUGAAAACGAGCUGAAGAAGACCAUGGACCAGUACCUGAAGGAAAAGGAAGAGGCGAACAAGCGCCUGAAAGAGCUGCAGGAUCAACUGGGCAAGGCGCAAUUUAAUGCCGAGGAGAUCGACCGGCUUAGUAGCAAGUUAAAGACGGAACAGCUUCUCAAGCAACAGGCGGUCAACAAAUUAGCAGAAAUCAUGAAUCGGAAGGAUCUGUCCUCGGGAAGCAAGACCAAGAACAAGGCUUCCUCGGCCGACCUUAGGAAGAAGGAGAAGGACUGUCGGCGACUGCAGCAGGAGCUCACGCACGAGAGGGAGAAGUACAGUCAGCUGGCAGCUAAGUGGCAGAAGGACCUUCAGGAUCUCCAGGCGCAACUCGUCGAGGAGAAUCAGGCGAAGUUGAGGCUGCAAAUGGAGCUGGACUCAAAGGACUCGGAGAUCGAGACCUUGCAGAUGAAGAUCGCCUCGAUUAACUCGGAGACCGCGAGCGUGUCGUCCGUGGAGAACGACGGGGAGGACUCGGUGCUCUCGGAGCACGGGGCCAUGAGGUUGGAGGGCUGGCUCAACGUGCCCAAUAAACAGAACAUCAAGAGGCACGGCUGGAAGAAGCAGUAUGUCGUGGUCUCCUCCAAGAAGAUCAUCUUCUACAACAGCGAGAACGACAAGAUGAACGCCGACCCGGUGUUGAUACUGGACCUGAGCAAAGUCUUCCACGUGAGGUCCGUCACUCAGGGCGACGUGAUCCGUGCAGAUGCCAAAGAUAUUCCUAGGAUAUUUCAGUUACUCUACGCCGGUGAGGGUGAAGCAAGGCGUCCAGGGGACGAGGGUAACGCCUUACCCGGCGUCGAGUUGCCCCAGUUCACCGACAAGCCCGGCACGCAACCCCUGAAGGGUCACGAGUUCAUAUCCAUUUCUUAUCAUAUGCCGACCACUUGCGAGGUCUGUUCGAAACAGCUCUGGCACAUGUUUCGCCCGCCUCCCGCGCUUGAGUGUCGACGGUGUCGCAUCAAGGUUCACAAGGAACACCUGGACAAGAAGGAGGAUGCCAUAGCUCCGUGUAAGCUGCACUACGACCCCAACAGCGCCCGUGAACUUUUGGUGCUCGCGGGCAGCCCCGACGACCAGAAGUACUGGGUUACCCGGCUCUCGCGGCGCAUUCAGAAGUGCGGUUACAAAGCGAACUCGCACGUGGACGGCACCGGCCAGCGUGUAUCGCCAAGGGAAUCUACGAGAUCUACGUUGAAGCCUUAUUUAUCGGUUCAACAGAGGUCCGCAACUUUACCGGCGAACGCUAGUAUGGGCAAGUGACCGUAGACUGCUUCCUCGCCGAUAGAGACCUUAAUGUGCUACCGAUGGUCCACGGACUUCGGUUCAUCUUCCGGACGUAGGAGAGAAAUAACUUAGCGGUCUCUUUGUCAUCGAUACUUGACAGAUGCUCCGUCAGGUCGUGGCCUUUCGAAGGAUUUUGUACAUAAUUUACCUUCGUGAGCCGAGCGACAGGCGCGACUCUGUAGGUGCAUCCCCCAGGUGUCCGUGAUCGACCGAUGCCAUUAUUUCGAGUCACUUUUACAACUAUCGUUAAGACCUAGCCUACGGAGAACGCGGAAGACAACGAUCUUCUCGUCCGACGACUUUAACGAAAGCAACGGUGCAUUUGUCGGGAGCAAUCGGUGGACGAUCAUGUUUGAAGAGUUAAGAUUCGAAGAUGUUCGAUCGGUACUCGAAGAGAAGCGGAACGUCAAAAGUCAAGGUAGAGGAUGUGUACUUUUUAUUGUACUGCCAUCGAGGACUGCAUUCUCCGUUGCUUACGUCAUUGCCAAAGUGAAGUGCUUCGAGGACUACUACGAUAGAAGCUGGCUUGCAGAAGUUCUCCGGAGUAGUCAAUUUAAAGAUAUCCGUUUGCCAUUAUGCUAACAAACUCGCUUUAUACAUCCUUAGGACACGUUGUGCAUGUUGAAAGGAAAAGGAACCUUGUUUUAGGGUCGUGCAGACAUUUGUACAAGCGGAAUUGCUGGAUUAUUUCUUACGAAAAGUUGUCACGCGUUUAAGGGGAACUCCGAUGACAUGCUAGGAAAUCUGUGCAUUUUACGGUCCUCUGUAGGCUUUGAAGAGUAUCGAUGGAUCGCUCCGUCGAUCGCUAUAUGCGGUUUCUUUUUUUUUAGGUUUCAAUUGGCGAAAAAUUCUAUUUUUUAUGCACGGAUAACAUAUCUAUUCAGAUAUUGACAGGGUACAAAGUCCUUGGCAUGACGUCGGAGUCUCUUCGAUCUAGGUGUGUCAAAAAAUGUAUUCCAAAUGACCACUAUUGCCGAGAUUAGCUAGACAAGUUAUAAUAUAACCGAGUGCUCGCAGGAUCGUUAAAAGACGGCUACGAAGCAUAACGUGUAGGGUGCAAUUUAAGGGGGGCUUUCUCGAAUCAGCCGAUCCCGUGCAGGGGCUCUCCUUCCAAGCGAUUCCAGGCGACGGGAGACCAGCACCACGUGCGGAUCCGAAUGCGAAUUGUUCAUAGAUUUCUACGAACGUUUAGAAUUUGAUAUACGACUUUCCUUCUUUUUGUAAAUAUACACGGCGUCGCGGCUGAUUGCAAGGUUCUAAGGUCGACUCCCGCGAGCGCGGUCGCGCCGGGAGGGGACCGUUCGCCGGACUUCGAGGGGAAUACGAUCUUUAGGGAAACGCAAACUCAUAGUAUUAUUAUUUUUAUACAUAUUAUCUAUUUCGAGAAUUAAGUAUUUAAUUGCUUUAACGAGUCGGCCGAGAUCCGGUAGAGGCCGGUCGUGCGCUUAGCUGACCGCUGAAGCUUUCAAAGUUAGGCGAAUUCGAGGGAGGAAUACCCUUGGCUCUUUCGAUAGCGUUUAGCAACGAUCGAUGACGAGUUUUCGGAUCGACGGAGAGAGUUUCCCUGACGUGCUAUCGGGACCAUCUACAUUUGAUCAAUGUUUUUCUUUCCUGUCGGUAGAAAUUGCAAACGAGCGGAAAGCGCAGCCGAACGUCAUUUUAAGGGUCCCGUUGAACGUUCUCGUUGAACGUCCACCAGGACCUAAAUAGUUUUCAACCAAUCAAGCAACGAAGGGUUUACCUUUCGCUCUCUGAAAGUAAGGGAAACGAUUUUCUACGACUUCUUAACGUUGGUGGAAGGUGUUAUCGUCGGUCAGGAGAUUUUUCUGAGGUCGGUGAAAACGCGAUCGGCCGAAAUCGAAGGGGAGCGAGCAGGAGAAACGAGUGCUAGGGUACAGCGCUAAGAGUGGGCUUCGGUGUACAGUAGACCGUAAUUUACGAAAUUAAGAUCGUAAUCUCUAAGGAUUUUCCCAUACAAGUAACGCCAUAACGCUAUCACAAAUUCCGGUAAUAUCGUGCGUUUAAUCCGAAUAUGCGUUAAACGAGGUAGGAGACGCGCGAUCGUUAACGCUCGAUGCGAGUCUCAUGACGCGAAUUUCCGUGCAAGAACGAAACGUCUUCGAGGAAGGUAAACCUUUGCGACACCGUUCGCGUUCCUUCGAUCGAUCUAAUGGAAUCGAUUAAAAUCGUCGAUACCGCUGGCACGCGCAAGAAUGAAAAUCCGACGUCGGGGAUGAGAAUGUAUGUACAGAAGUAACGGUAAGAGGGAACUCGCGAAUCCGGCAACGAGCUUUUAAUUUUAAACGCCUGGAGUCUAGACGCUAGGACCAACCCGAUUAUCGUUUAAACGAUCCACUUUUGAAACUGUCCGGUCCAAGUGAUUUGGAUGUUCACCCUCGGCUGCCGAGUUGGGUUCGUGCUCGUUCGGUUCUUUGCUCGUCAGGAUGCAACGACUGUUUCCCUUUUCCCCUUUCCCGGGAUUCCCCGAUUAUUAACGGUGUACACGAAGCAUUAAUUUAUUUAUCGCGUCUUCUCGAUCGAAUUGCUAUUCGUUGGUGCGCAAAAGUCAGGCGGUGUCCGUUGGGGGGACGGUAUGCCAUGCCCGAUACACGAGAUCGUUCUUGCACGAGACAGCUUCCUCGUCGAUGGUGCUCCCUGGUCUCCGGGAAUGACCCGGAAGAAGCGGAUUCUCUUUAAGGUGUCUUCGGGGAUCGAUCGCGUUAGUCCGCGAAGACGAGAAACGACUAGAAGAACACCUUGGGACGCUCGAUUACUGCCCCGUGCCUUCUUCCCUUCCGGUUUCGUGGAAACGUCCAACACGGACGGAGGAGUUCAGAUGACGGCGUCGACCCUGAACGCAGAGAGAACAGAAAACGAAACGGAACUUGUUACAGCAUAUUUUAUUAUUGUUUAGUUAUUUACAAUCUGUAUAUUAUUACGAUUAAUUAAUAUUACCGAUUAAAACUAUUUUGUAGAUAA